AUGGAAAUGUCAGUGCUGCCGUGGGCCGAUUUCCUGAUAGAAUGUUCAGGCGUAAAUGGUAAAGCUGAUACAUCUGUGCCGGUCGAAUCUGAGUGGGAAUGGCUUAAACAGCUGUGUGAACUGGCUGGUGAAGAUUGCUGUUCAGAAGUUAAUAAUUCAUUCCAACAAGUAGCACUAACUCUAAGGUUGGAUGCUAGCAGUUAUUUUUUGAAGCUAAAUUGGACGGAAUCUUUCUGUACAACUGGUCCUGGAGUGAUAUCCAGCUUGGGUUCUGCAUUUCAGCAUUCAUGGCAAAAUAAUGAAACACUUUGUUCGUUGUAUCAUAGUUUCUUCGAACGCUGUUUGAGGAUAGACUUAGCAGUGAAACUGUGCUCGGAUGUCAGAUAUCCAUUUACAUUCAGGGGAUGGGCAGUCAAUGAAGAUGACCCUGCCUGCAUAACCGUCACGUUGUCAUACGAAGAAUGGGAUACAAAAAAAAGCUUUCAGCUGUGCUUGAUGGUUGAUUGGUCAGAGCCUAAUACUUUUCCACGUGGACUUACUUCUUCGGCUCCAGAGUGCCUUCAAGGCUUGCGACUCGAUGAAUGGGAUUCGUCAAGUGUAUUUGCUGAUAAUUUGAUUCGAGUUUUCUGUAAUAUGAUCUCAUGA